AUGUGGACAGCAGACUGGUGGGGCAAGAAACAGAACACCUUGCCAGAGCGGGAUAAGUUGGCAUGGCCAGUGUACAUGUCCAUUGGAAACAUUGCUAAAGCAAAAAGGCGCCAAGCAUCAGCACGAGCAACCGUCCUCAUUGGUUACUUACCAGCUAGCAAACUUGACUGUUUCACCCCCGAUGCACGCUCCUUGGCUGGAUACCGCCUCUUCCACCAUUGCAUGGCUCUACUGCUCCAACCUCUCAUCGGUGCUGGAAACGACGGUGUUGAAAUGGUGUGUGCGGACUUGUGGGUUCGUCGUGUCUACCCAAUUCUUGCAGCGUAUGUCGCCGAUUUCCCGGAACAGUGUUUGGUCAGUUGUUGCAAAGAGAACCGAUGUCCGAAGUGCCUUGUAGCAGCAAAUGAGCGAGGGGAUGCACUCAACUCGGCAAUGCGUGAUCCAGAGUCAACAAAAGAAAUCUUGCACAAGCGCAAGAUUGGUCAGCAUCCUCCAGAAUUCGAGGCCAAUGGUCUACGCGCCGUUUACAAGCCUUUCUGGGCUGAUCUGCCUCACAUGGACAUUUUUCUAGCUUUCACACCCGACCUUCUGCAUCAACUUCACAAAUGUGUGUUCAAAGACCACCUUGUGAAGUGGUGCAUCAAUAUUAUUGGGGAGGACGAAAUGGACGCACAUUUCAAGGCGAUCCCGAAUUAUCCCGGCCUUCGACACUUCAAGAAAGGGAUAUCGAGUGUGAAGCAGUGGACAGGACGCAAACAUAAAGAGAUGCAGCGAGUAUUUGUUGGCUUAUUGAGCGGGGCAGUACCUAGUCGUGUUUUGGUGGUUGCACGAUCUAUUCUCGACUUCUCGUAUUAUGCCCAGCUGCACAUUCAGAUGACUGAGUUCCUCGAAGCCCUACAAACCGCCCUGACUGUAUUUCACACAAAUAAAGACAUCCUCAAGGAGCUCGCUGUUCGAGAGCAUUUCAACAUACCGAAAUUACACCAGCUCUCUCAUUAUGUGCAGUCCAUCACAUUGUUUGGCGCAGCUGACGGCUUUAACACAGAACUUCCUGAGCGCUUGCACAUUGAUUUCGCAAAGGAUUCAUACCGUGCUAGCAAUAAACGGGACUAUGAGGAACAAAUGGCUUUGUGGCUCCAACACCAGGAAGCCGUGUUUAUAUGUAGCGCAUACCUGGAUUGGUUGUCACAACAGCCUCACUCAAACCCACAUGACUUCGACGCAGAUUCAGACAUGGACUCAGAGUCGGAAACACCAAAUCUUCCCGCCGCUGAACCACUUCAAGCAACCCAUGUCCUUGCAAAAGUCCCUGCACAUCCUCACCAAUCUGUUCAAACCAUCAUAACAGCACACGGUGCUACCGAGUUCCUCCCUGCUCUCCAAUCGUUCUUACUCAAGAAUCUCCCACACAACACCAUAGUCCCUGGUCUUCAAGACCGAUUCGAUCUUUAUCUUAGCGAUGUGCCAAAGCGAAGGCGCAUCAGAGCAACUCCAGAAAAGUUGCUGUCAGGCCGGAAGCCUGGUACCCCAGCCCAGUUUGACAUGGCAUUGAUAGCAGACAGGCCUCGCUCUUCGCAUUUGCAUACUCUUGAGGGUGUACGAGUAGCCCAAGUUCGUGCUAUUUUCACCCUACCUCACCAGUUCGACGCAUAUUCCAGAGCCCUCGCUUAUGUCGAGUGGUUCACACCUUUCAAACCACCCGACCCUUCCUCUCGAAUGCGACAGGUCUCGCGCUCAACCCGCCAACUUCGCCGCAAUGCUGCUGUAAUCCACGUUGACGAAAUUGUGCGGCCGUGCCAUUUAAUACUGAGGAUGGGACAAUCAGUAGAUCUGAGGUUGAGAAGCGGAAAUGCAUAUGAGGUGGCAAACGAUUUUUAUUUCAAUGAGUUCAUUGAUGGCAAAAUGUUUUGCGCAUGUGUUAUAAAGUAA